UCACUGUCGGAGUACAUGUCCGAUUGUAUUACAUUACAUCCGUGCAGCUCAGGAGCCGUUUCAUGUGCUUCGUUCAACAGUGUAUUCUGCUCAUUUUCUAAUGUGUAACUAUUUGGCCUUCGUGGUUUAGUAGGCGUUUAUAUAAAAUGAAGCUAUAUCAUAUCAGAAACCUUUGGGGAAUGUUGCAAACCACAAACAUAUCAGAAAAGGUGUCCUGCUGCGGUAAUAAACAACGAUUUUCAAGUAGCUUGGUCUCAGCUGACAUCGGGAGGUUUAUCGUGGAGAAUACAGAGAUUGUUGGAGAGGACUCCUUGACACCAGAGAUCAAGUUGAGGUUGUUGACGGCUAAAUGCAGAUUUUGGCAUGCAAACCCAGUACUGUGGCCUCUCCCUGACCCCUACUGGGCGAUAUAUUGGCCCGGGGGACAAGCUCUUGCUAGAUAUUUGCUGAAUAACCCUGGAGUUGCUAAAGGCAAGAGGGUACUGGAUCUUGGAAGCGGUUGUGGAGCUUCAGCCAUUGCUGCAAGCCUUUGUGGAGCAUCUCACGUAGUAGCUAACGACAUUGACAACGUUUCUGCCAUUGCCACCAUCAUAAACUGUGAACUGAAUGGUAUUGGGCCAGUUGAAUGUUUGAGUGACAACAUGAUUGGCUCACAACCCAAGCACUAUGACCUAAUUUUGUUGGGAGACAUGUUCUACGAUGAGGCCCUCGCUGAUGGACUUCACCGGUGGUUGGACAGCUGCAUAAACGCCCACGGAACCACAGUCCUUAUAGGAGACCCCGGGAGAGCCUCUUUUGAGGAGCACGACAUUAAAAGACUCCUACAGCAAAUAGCUGAGUUUGAGCUCCCUAAAUCGGUGCAAAUGGAGAAUUAUGGACUGACAUGUAGUACCGUUUGGCGCUAUCAGCCUAAAUUGUCAACAAUUUAGGAUUUUUAUAUUUCAUACAUGCAAACAUCCGAAUGUGAGUUAUUAAUGUGAAAUCUGUUUUUAUUCUCAUAAUAGGAAUUAUAACAUUAUACAAUUUUUUUAGAUAAAUAUAUUUAAAUUAAACAAAAUCCCAGUGCAGUUUUGAAACAGCAGCAGGAGGCCACGCCCUGAACUGUAACCACAGCCCCUUUCAUCACUUAGAAUAUUUUACUUAUUACUAUGAACAAGUUUUGAUCAGUAGCAAACAAUGCAUAUAAAUAAAAGAGAAAAAAAGUCAAUAUAGGAACAAUGUGAUAAUAUAAAGUGCAACAUCUCCAAUCAAGAACAUGGAAACUUCAAUACUAAUGUUUCUAAUACACAGUCCAGGUCAGAUUUUGAAGCUUGCGUUGACCAAUGUCAUCCAAUGGUAGCCAAAUCUGAUCUGAAUAGGGAAGAGCCAAUAAACGAUGAUUAAUAUAUAUUUGAAGUCAUACAUUCAGUUUCUUUAUUUUUAAAGACAAUACAUUUCUUAACUGAAGCAUUUAAUGAUACUCAAAGAUUUUGUGCUGAGAACAGCUCUGCCCCCCAAAAAAACUAUAGUAUUUUUUUAACCAGAUUGUAAACUAUGGGAUGUAAACUCAGGAUGUCAUAAUGGGGGGACGAAGCCAUGCCUUAUCAGGUGGAAGCCUUAAUCCUCCACAUUCCCCAGGGGGUCAAGAAAACAGGCACAUACCAACAAGUAGCAGCUAGAGAAACAGAAUGUGAAAGAAUCCUGUUUCAAAAGUCUCCUUUGUUUCGUCAAUCAGCAUCACAAUUGGCAUUGAGUGGUGGAAUUUGGGUUUCGCAGGUAAAGAUGUGGAUGAGCACUUACCUGUGAUGUGGGGACAAUCAUUGAAGACAAAACAUUUGAGUUUGGGACAGUUUUUGAAGACAGCCCUCACCGUCUCAUCUGUCAGCACUGGACAUCGCGCCACCUGUAGUUCCUACAACACACUUCAUUUAUUCGUACAUUGGCGUGACAAAAUAAAAAGUACUAACAAGUAAUGCUGGGUAAAAAUAUCUAUUCAUUUAUGCACUGUAAUUCAUUUGUUCUCAAUUCAAUUUCGAUUCAGAUUUUUUUGGAAUACAUUAUUUCCAUUAAAAAAAAAGAAGCAUACUCAGUCAUUGAAAUCUAGAAGCGAGUAUGCCUAAAUGUACAUCCCCUUUUACAUUUGUCCAUGUCAGGAUUAUUACUUUUAUGCUGCAAGUUUAGCUCAGGAACAAUACUAUACAAUGGUGUGUUCCCUUUUUGCUAGUUAAAGCACAAUGAAAUGGUUAAUUCAUUUAGAAAUGGUUCAUUCUAAAUAUUAUUUAGGUAUUUUUGUCAUCUGCAUGUAUUAUUGAAUCGAUAUCGAAGCCAUAGGAUCAAUAUCAAAUGGAAGUCGAAUCGAUUCAAGACCUAAAGAAUCAAAGCAAAUUGAAUUGAAUUGUGAGGUACCUGGCAAUACCCAGCCCUACUAACAAGCAAAUGUUUACUUACACACAAGUUAUUGCGGCACAGUCCUUUCAGAAGUCCAAUGAUCCCUGCAUCUGUAAUCUAGUAAAUAAAAAAGAUUUACAUAAAACUUUAAACAAAAUAAACAAAUUAAAAUAACGCUCAGCAGUCCUUAUCCUUUCCCCAUAUCCAUUCAGUUUACAUGGGCAAGUUGCCUCAGCCCUGGCCAAUUCAAUGAAAACCAGAGGUCGGCCAGAAGAGUUUAUACAGCUACUCACGCAAGUGCUGCGAGUUGGGAAUUAUCCAGACCGUGGCUGUUUCCUACCGUGAGAAGUUCUGUGCAGUCUGAGGGAAUAGCUUAUGAAAAACUUCCAGGAGUGGUACACAACAACCUGGUACAAAAGUUAAAUGCACAUGUACCUGAGGUACCUUAGCUAAUGCUAAUUAAAAGGUUGGAUAGAUCAAGGAUCUGCGUUGGCAGAGGACCUAUUUGAAGGGCCCUAUUGGCGGAACAGCUUACGAGGGCCAUAGUCUUAUGUUCCUUGAGGGGCUGUGGAGAGGAGUACCCGUGUUCCUGAGAGGAGGAGCGUGUGCAGCAGGCUGCAGUUCUCCGCCAGUGCCUGCAGACCAACGUCGCCCACAGCAGGACAUCCACUCAAAGAAAGGACCUCCAGGUGUUUACAGCGCCGGGCCAGGGCCUGCACUGCCUCGUCUGCCACGCCCACACAGUCACCGAGGUCCACGUUCUGGAGGUUGGGGCAGGAGGAGGCCAGAGAAAGAACGCCUACAAUAGGAAGCAGAAAUGCAGAUUGACUCUAGGUGUGAACACGCAAUGAGGAACACAGGAAACCUUCUUCCGGGGCCGCUUGGUGUUCACAAAGCAAGUUUUAAAAGGAGCGUAGCUUUUGAGUGUGGAGACUGUUGCUCAGUACACAUACCUUGGCAUUACACUUGGGAACAAGCAACAUUUUCAGGACAAUAUAUAGGCUGUUUGAUGGAAGGGCAAUCAGUGUCUAGUGAUUCCUGCCGUGCUCAGCAGUUUCAUGGUGGAUAAGUCUUAUGACCAUUUUUAUACAAUUAUUUUAUCAAAUCCAUUUAAAUGUUUUAACAUAUGUCGAGUAGUCUCUCAACCCAACAGUUUAAACAGGUUGAGUUACUCAUUAAAAAAGUUAUUUUUAACAGGCUAGCAAGGUCAUGGGUAUAAACAUAUCUGACCUCCCCCAGUGAAUAAAACCUUUCAACUCAAAAAAUAAAUAAAAAGAGAAAUCGGAAACCACAGGAUUGAGUUCAAGACCAUUAUUUAGAACUAUAAGAAAGUAUUACAAAAGCCAAGCAGGUCUGCAGAGGAACUGUUUUUUCAGCUUCGGGACACAAUUCUUAUUCAAUAUACUGUGAUUUAUUUCAUAAACUCCAAGGCAGGGAUGAUAUUAAACAAUUCCCAUGCAUGGCUUUGUAACGUAAUUCACACAUUCAUACCAAGGCCACAUAUGCCCUUUCCAAUUAAAGAGUCUUCUUUAUCAGGCUAAGGAGGGAUCCGGAGCCUAGGGAGGCGGUCAGCUCAUACAGGAGGCCAUUCAUCAUGUGUCAAUUCUAGAGAUACGAGCAGUCAAGAUGUUCGAGAGACCCAGACGCUCAAGGCCACAAGAACAAGUGUAAUUCCCGCACAUAGCCACAAACAAAGUUGCAAUGCCAACACAUAGCCGCAAGGGACAGCACAAAGACACACACGGGUAUCCAGGGGCGCGGGAGUUCAGCACCAUGCUUAGCCAAUCAGAGCACAUAACUGAGUCCACGCCUGCCCAGUAGAUAAGUCCCAACACAUAGCCCAGGGGGUUAGAACGCUCCAGGUAAAGCAUCCUUUUGAAUGCCCUACUAAGUGUAUCUCCACGCGUUUGUACUAUUCCCCUCCUUUUGCUUCAUGUAUGCUGGUCUAAACCUUUGCUAAAUAAAGUGAGUUAAAGCGAUCCUGACUCUGCAGACUUUUUCCAAAAAGAACACGGCAGCUUCACCAUCAACAAACUUCCGUAUCUUUCGCCAUUGUUGAGAUCUGUCACACGUAUCAUCAUCCAGCUUAUCUAUGUCCCUGUCUAAACACUCUCCCCUACCGUCGUGCAUGCGUCAUCGACA